AUUUAAAAUCGACAAAUUUCAAUUGAACAAUUUUAAUUAUUUAUUUAAUUACUCAAGCAAUUAAUAAUCCAUAAAGAUUUAUUCUAUAUAUAACCCAGUAAAGGGGUAACAGGUAUUUGCAUAGUGCAAGUGGCGGUGGAGAAAUGUCAGUUCUCAGUGAAAGCAAAUAUCCUUGAAUUUUUGCGUCGUGUUCUCAACUAUUUUAAAAAUUAGAUAUCAAUCACCUUUCGUUUAUCAUGGGUGCCACUGCAAGAGCACCUGGCAGUGGCGAAUUCCUGUUUGACCCAGAGCUACUAAAAAAUUUAGAUUGGAAAUCUGUGAGUUAUGCCUUAAGUCCAUUUAUCACAAAUGAAGCUCCUGGUGAGCCUUGGCUAUUAGUCAGACCUUUAAAAAUUGAGGAUUAUGACAAGGGUUAUUUGGAAUUACUUUCCCAACUUACAUCUGUGGGUAACAUUACUAGAACCCAAUUUGAAAAACAAUAUUGGAAUAUGCACCAGGCCGGAGGCUACUACGUGACAGUAAUCGUCGACACCAGAAACAACAGGGUAAUCGGCGCCUCGACCUUGAUCACCGAAUUUAAAUUUAUCCACGGGUGCGCCCUCCGCGCUCGCCUCGAAGAUGUCGUGGUCAACAACACCUACCGUGGAAAACAGCUUGGCAAAUUGAUUGUGUUGACUGUUACCCUGCUGGCAAAAAAGUUGUCUUGCUAUAAAAUGUCGUUAGAUUGUAAAGACAACUUAAUACCGUUUUAUAAAUCAAUUGGCUACAAAUUGGAACCUGGCAACUCAAAUUCAAUGAUGUUGCGUUACGACACGCCAAAAACUGAGAAUCCAUCCUGACAAUUAGCCGCUAAUACAUCUACUAAAUCCAAAUUGUAAGCUUCUUAAUUCCCCCAUUAAUUUGUAUUGAACAUAUAAAUUUUGCUUUUUGAGACUAUAAAAUUACAGUACCUGUUCAAUACAAAUUAGUCAAGAAGUCUUACACCCCUUUGCGUUUUAUUAAAAAUAAUUGGAACUAAUCAUCUUGUUUGAGAUUUUCUGAAAUGCCACCAAAUUAUGUUGUUUUGUGUACACAUGAAUAUACUGAAUAAGACUCAAAGGGUGUAUCAUAAUUUUGUGUUUGUUUAAAUGCGAAAUUAUUGUUGUUUGGAUUUAUGUUGAUGUAUUGGCUGAUGUUUGGUGACGCUUCGGACCCGUCCAUUUGUUUUAAUCGAAAUAAAAUAAAAAUUAGAAAAUUG